CCGUUUGAAGCGUCAGAGCACCAGCUCUCCAGGGGCUCUCCAACACAGAGCCAGUCCACACGCUCCUCCAAACUUUACGCACGGAUGUACUCGUGUGGAAGUGUUUUACACUGGAUUUUGAUGUGUUUCAGCAGAGACGUUUAGUUCAGAUUUUUUUUUUCUACCGACUGGAAGGAGUCCCAGACUUGUUUUGAGUUUCUUUGAAACUAUAAACUUUUUAAAACUUUCUUCUACUUUCAGUUUUUUAUGUGAUUCGCCUCAUUCCAACAGACAGAUGCAGUAAACCUAAAAAAAAUGACCGGUGUCUUUUUAAAGUGCCUAGUCUUGGCGCUCUGUAUCAGCGCGCACAGGCUCUUGGCAGACCCCCGGGUUGUGGAGGAUGAUGGAUCCGGUGACAGCGCCUCGACCCUGGCCUUUGUGUUCGAUGUUACCGGCUCCAUGUACGACGAUCUGAAACAGGUGAUAGAGGGCGCUUCGCGGAUCCUUGAGAAGACCCUGAGCCGGAGGACCAGACCCAUCAAAAACUUUGUCCUGGUCCCCUUCCAUGACCCAGAUAUCGGCCCUGUGUCCAUCACCACUGACCCAAAGAAGUUCCAGCAGGAUCUGCAAGAGCUGUUUGUCCAGGGAGGGGGAGACUGCCCUGAGAUGAGCAUAGGAGCCAUAAAGAAAGCCUUGGAAGUUUCCCUGCCUGGAUCCUUCAUCUACGUCUUCACUGACGCCAGAGCCAAAGACUACCGCCUGAAAAGAGACGUUCUGCAGCUGGUGCAGCUCCGUCAAUCACAGGUGGUGUUUGUGUUGACCGGGGACUGCGGGGACCGCUCUCAGCCCGGCUACAGGGCCUACGAGGAGAUCGCUGCCACCUCCUCCGGACAGAUCUUUCACCUGGACAAGCAGCAGGUCAACGAGGUUUUAAAGUGGGUUGAGGAGACAGUUCAGGCCAUGAAGGUUCAUCUGCUGUCCUCCAACCAUGACAGUGCCCAGGAAAACAAGUGGGAAGUGCCCUUUGACCCCAGCCUCAGAGAGGUCACUGUGUCACUAAGUGGACCAGCACCACAAAUUGAGCUCAGCGAUCCCUUUGGUCGUGUAGUUGGCGAGGAGCAGGGCCUUAAAGAGCUGUUGAAUAUUCCCAACUCUGCUCGUGUUGUCAACCUGAAGUUUCCCAGACCUGGAGCCUGGAAACUGAAGGUGGGCUGCAGUGGGCGUCACACUCUGAGAGUCACUGGAGUCAGCAAUCUCGACUUCCGUGCUGGCUUUUCCAGCGUACCUGUUUCUGAGUUCAAUCUCACCAGGGAAAGGCCAAUAAAAGGACUGCCAGCCCAUGUUUUGCUGAAAUGUACAGGCCUGAAGCCUCCGGGUCAGCUGAGUCAUGUGGAGUUGAUGUCAGGCUCAGGCCGCUCCUUGCGCACAAUCCCCGUGCCUCUGCCCUCUGACCUCGGCCAACAAGGACUGUGGAGUCUCCCGGAGUUUCGCACCCCCUCCCAGAGCUUCUUCAUCAAGGUGACAGGCAAAGACGAGGAGGGCUACCGCUUCCAGAGGCUGUCGAGUGUCUCCUACACUAACAUCGUCCCAGAUCCCCCAGCUGUGAGCAUGUCUGAUGUGGUGAAGGGCUUCUACAUGCAGCCUGUUGUGAUUGGCUGCUCGGUGGAGAGUGACAUUCCCUACAGGCUAAGAUUCAGUAGAAGUGGGAUUACGCUGGGAGAGGAGAAGUUCUUUCAGAAUUCUGCCAUAGCAUCAUGGGAGAUUGCCCACGCGUCAGCCCAAGAUGAAGGCCUGUAUGAGUGCAUAGCGCAGAGCAGCGCCGGACAGGGACGUGCCUUAACCCAGUUGACUGUUAGAGAGCCUCCUCCAGUCCUGAAGCCAGCAGUGAAUGUGACUUCCACUGUAGGAGGCGUUGCUGUGCUGUCCUGCCAGGUGGAAGGCUCCAUGCGCCACAACUUGACCUGGCAUCGAGCGGGUCGUAUCAUCCGAGCCCGCGCAGGGAGGGUGAAGCUGCUGUCCGACUCGUCCCUGCAGAUCAAUGGUGUGCGGACUCAGGAUGCUGGGGAGUACCACUGCGUGGCCACCAAUGCCCACGGAGACAGCAGAAUCACAGUGUGGCUUCUCGUCCCAGAGGCUCCUUCUGUGGUAGUUCACCCACAGAGCCAGGCUUUCUCCCGAGGGGACGAGAUCCGCCUCGUCUGCUCGGCGUCCGGCUCCCCCCCUCCCCAGCUCUUCUGGAGCCAUGGAAACAUGUUCCUCACUAAUCGGCCGAGGUUGAGUCUAAACCAGCAUGGAGUUCUGACCAUUAGGGGGGCCCUCCCAGAGGAUGCUGGGGACUACACAUGUCUGGCAACCAAUGAGGCUGGGACUGCCUCUCAAUCUGUGUCACUUACUUUUGCAGAGGUGCCUAGGAUAACAGUGGCACAGCAGGUUGUACUUGUGUCUGUUGGUGGUGAUGCAACUCUGGAGUGUCAAGCCACAGGCGUUCCCUCCCCCCUUGUCCACUGGUUCAAAGGUGAGCUUGAGGUUGGCUCUGCCCCUUUCGUCGAGCAGGAUGUACACCGCGGAACCCUGCACAUUCGAGGGGUGCAGGAGGUCGACGCCGGUCAGUACAGCUGUGUGGCCAGCAGCUCUGCUGGAACCUCCGCUGGCACCAUCACUCUGGAGGUUGGAGCAGGCCCAUUGUUCUCUGAGGCACCGGUUGACGUGGCAGCUAGCGUAGGAGAGAAUAUCACCCUUCCCUGUGUUGCCCGAGGUUUCCCACAACCGACGGUGACCUGGCGCAGACAGGACGGCAGACAGAUUCUUACAAGGACAGACAGCCACAGUAGAACAAUGCAGCUGGAGAAUGGACAUCUUCUAAUCCAGAGUGUCUGGCUGGAUGAUGAGGGGCUGUAUAUCUGUGAGGCUAAGAACCAGUUUGGAACCGGCAGGACUGAGGCCAGAGUCAGUGUCACUGGACUGGAGCCUCCUGUGUUGGCCCAAGGUGCCCCCAUCAUUACUACUGGUACUGGUCAGUCCCUGAGUAUUCCUUGCAUGUUGUUGGAUGGAAUACCUCUUCCAGAAAGACACUGGUCCCAAAAUGGAAAACCUGUUCAGCUGAAUGGGAGGAUGUUCUUGAGGAGUGACGGUAGUUUGUACAUUGAAAGAGCCAUCCCAGAGGAUGCUGGGACAUAUGUCUGCACUGCAGUGAAUGUGGCAGGCUCUGCGAACAUCACAGUCAGCCUGGAGGUCCACGUGCCCCCUGAGAUCAACGCUGGUCCGUACCACUACAUAGCCAACGAGGGUGUAGAUAUCAUGCUCUCAUGUGAGGCCAGUGGCGUUCCCAAGCCAAAAGUUGUCUGGUCCAAGGGCAGACAGCCUCUGCUCAGGGAUGGUUCCUCUCUUCAGUCCGAUCCUGAUGGAUACCUGCACAUCCGCCACCCCACCGCUGAUGAUGCAGGCAUCUACAUCUGCACCGCCACCAGUCCUGUGGGAUACGCAAGCCGAGAGAUCCAGCUCAGUGUCAACACCAUGCCUAAGAUAACUGGUGUGAGUGGCCAUGACAACACAGUGCCGAUGGCUGCUGAGGUUGGAACAGAGGUUGUUCUCCCAUGUGAGGCCCAGGGGAGUCCUUCUCCACUAGUCACAUGGAGAAGAAAUGGGCAUCCCAUCCCCCCCGUCACAGCUGGGUUCACAGUUUUGCCUUCAGGCUCUCUGAAGAUCACUGAUGUGCGGCUGAUUGAUAGUAAACUGUACACCUGCACUGCUGAAAACCCAGCAGGCAACGUGUCCGUAAGCUACAAUUUACACAUUCAAGCUAAGCCCAGGAUUCAACCAGCGCCCUCUCUCCUGAAAGCCCUGAUUGGCCAGACAGUGACUCUGCCAUGUGUGGUGCAGGGAGAGCCAAGCCCUGAGGUCAGCUGGUUUCAUAAUGGACUUCCUGUUGGGGUCAAGAACACUACGCCCCUCAGGAUCCAGCAGGUCAACCUCGCUGACCAGGGCACCUACCAGUGUGUGGCCAAGAACAGCGCUGGACAGGAGACCUUGGAGAUCAAGCUUGAAAUUCUUGAGGCCCCAUCCUUUGCAGAACCUGGAGAUGCCAUCAUGGAGAAAGUAGCGAACAGCAAGGUCAUCAUCCCUUGCCCUGCUGAAGGUUCACCUCAGCCCAAGGUGCGGUGGUUCAAGAAUGGCCUGGAGAUACACCCCGAACAAUCAGAGUUUUCUGUGGCGAGGGAUGGAGCUCUUGUAAUUAGCGCAGCAUCUGCCAGCCACAGUGGGGACUUCAAGUGUAUGGCAACCAAUGAAGCGGGCUCUGUGGAGAGAAAGACCAGGCUAAAAGUAAACGUCCCCCCUGAAAUCCAAGAUGAUAGCCAGCCACUGAACCUCACUGUCACCUUGAAACAACCCCUCACUCUGGGCUGUGAUGCCUUCGGGAUCCCCUCCCCGACAAUCACCUGGACUAAAGAUGGUCAUCCUGUGAACAGUCCUGGGGUGUAUCUGCAGAACGGGAAUAGGCUGCUCAGAAUCUACAGAGUUCAGCCUGAUCAUGCGGGACAGUUUGCCUGCACGGCUCAAAACUCAGCUGGAGAAGCCAAGAGAGAAUAUAACAUAGUGGUGCAAGCUCCACCAGUGAUUUCAGGAACAUCCCGGCUACAGGAGUUAACUGUUGUACUGAGCCAGGAGGUGGAGUUUCAGUGCAGAGUAAGCGGACAACCACCGCCCAGAGUGGAAUGGAGCCGUGAUGGAGAGGUUCUGUCCCGUGAUGGAGAUCCCCAUGUAGAGUUUCUGGAAGACGGCCAGGUGUUGAAGGUGAAGUCAGUGAGACUGAGGGACCAGGGGCUUUACCAGUGUUUGGCCAGCAACAAUGCAGGAACUCAGAUGCGCCAGUUCAGACUCACAGUACAAGCUCCCCCCACCAUUAAGGGCCCUAAUGGGACCUCAGAGGUGUCAGUGGUGCUGGGUUUCCCCACAGUCCUCCCGUGUGAUGUUGAGGGGUCACCCAUACCCAGUAUCACCUGGCUGAAGGACAACCAGCCCAUAGUGUCCAGUCCCCAGCUGACAUACACCCACGGUGGUCAGGCCCUGCGACUGGGCUCGGCACAAGGAGACAGCACCGGCCUCUACACCUGCAGGGCCACGAAUCCAGCUGGCACCGCCAUCAAGCACUACUCCCUCAGUGUUCUGGUCCCACCACAGAUAGAGGGUGACUCUACAUCUCUGACGUUUGGUGGUCAGGAGGAGAAAGUACGGAUCAAUGGGAGUUUAACUCUCUCCUGCCUGGCUAAAGGUUUCCCUGAGCCCAAGGUUAAUUGGUUCAAAGAUGGACAGUUGCUGACUGGAAACAUGCAUGCCGGCAUUCAGGAGAGUGGCUAUUUCCUCCACAUAGAGAACGCCAUGCUGUCCCAUGAGGGGCAGUACACCUGUGUGGUCACCAACUCUGCAGGAGAGGACAAGAGAGACUUUCACGUCACCAUUCAGGUUCCUCCGAUCUUCCACCGGGUGACUAACAGAGAAGCAGCCUGGGGUCUGGGACACGAGGGUGACAGUAACAAUGAGGACAUGGUAGAGAAGCGGGAGGUGGUCCUAGACCAUCCGAUCACCCUGUCCUGUGAGAGUAAUGCCAUCCCCCCACCAAAGCUCAGCUGGUACAAAGAUGGAAGAAAACUCACCGCUGUUGAUGGGGUGGUGCUACUUCCAGGUGGACAGGUGUUACAAAUCCCCAGAGUGCAGAAAGAAGAUGCUGGGAAGUAUACAUGUCAGGCUGUCAAUGAGGCAGGAGAGGACCACAUGCAUUUUGAACUAGAGAUUCUGGUCCCUCCGAUGAUCAUGGGAGCAUCAGAGGAGUUUAUGGAGGAAAUGGGAGCAGUGGUCAACAGCACUGUGGUCCUCCACUGUGACGUGACCGGACACCCUGCUCCGGUCGUCUCCUGGCUGAGAGAUGGGCAGCCGAUACACACAGACUCACAGCACCACAUCAGUGAGGAUGGGACUCAACUCCAGCUCCUCAGUGUCCAGGUUUCUGACAUGGCUGGGUAUUUGUGUGUAGCUGAGAACAAGGUUGGAACAGUUGAGAAGCUGUUCAGUCUCACAGUGCAAGUGCCUCCUAGAAUAAUUGGCAGCAAGGAAGAGGAGGUUAGUGUGAUCGAGGGUGACAUGGUGUCCUUGUUGUGUGAUGUCCAAGCGUACCCUCCUCCAGAGAUCACCUGGACCAAAGACGGGCAGGUCCACUUAUUCGGAACCGGUAUCCACAUUCUGCCAGGUGGCCAGAUGCUACAGUUGCCACGGGCGAGACUAGAAGAUGCAGGGCAAUAUGUAUGUACAGCCACAAACUUAGCAGGCCAGGACCAGAAGACUAUUCUCCUCAGUGUUUAUGUCCUGCCCACCCUGAAGCCCCGUCUUGAUGCCGAGUCAGAGCUAGUGACCCCUCAAGUUGGCUCCUCGGUCACCCUGCGAUGCGAAGCCCAUGGUGUUCCUGAACCUGAGGUCACAUGGUAUAAGAACGGACUGCAACUGGCUGCAGGGAAUGGACUGAAGAUGGAUCGUCACCAGCUGGAGAUCAUAGGAGUUCAGAUGGCAGAUGGUGGCACCUACACUUGCAAAGUGUCCAAUGUGGCUGGACAGGUGGACAGGACAUUCAGACUGACAGUUCAUGUUCCACCCGACCUUGCUGGGCCUCUCCGGGAGUCCCUGAACUACACCCUAGGCUCCCAUGUGAGCCUGCUAUGUGAGGCCACAGGUGUCCCUGUCCCCAGCAUCACCUGGCUCAAAGAUGGAACCCCUAUUGAGAGCAGCCUGCAGUGGCAGUGGUCUGUUCGAGGAAACCGACUGGAGCUGGGGCCUCUCACUCUGUCUCAUGCUGGAACGUACACCUGUGUGGUCAAGAACAGUGAAGGCCAAACGCAGAAAGACUACACACUCAUAGGGCAGGUAUCGCCCACCAUCCUGGACUCUAACCACCCAUCUGAUGUGAGUGCGCCCAUGGGAGAAGAGCUGACCCUGGAGUGCAGAGCAACUGGAAUCCCCACACCCCGCCUCAGCUGGCUAAAAGAUGGAGUGACUUUAGAGGGAUCAGACACCCGCCACAUCGCCGUGACCCCUGAUGGCAGCACGCUCACAUUACUGAGGCUGAGUCCUGAGGAUUCUGGGACAUACACCUGUUUGGCUGUCAGCCCAGUCGGACAGGAGAGCAAAAUCUACACCCUCUUUGUACUAGUCCCACCAUCUAUCUCUGGUGAGACCACUGUUCCCAGGGAGGUGCAGGUCACACAGGACACUGCUGUGACUCUGGAGUGUCAGGCAGCAGGAAACCCUCCACCUCAGAUCAGCUGGCUGAAGAAUGGACGUCCCCUGCUCCUCUCCCCCCGCACCCGCCUCCUCUCUGGUGACUCUGUGCUGAGGAUUUCUCCUGUGCAGCUGUCUGAUUCUGGAGUUUACACAUGUGUGGCACGCAGUCGAGCUGGUCUCGCUGAGCUCAGCUAUGACGUCCAAGUCCAAGUGCCCCCAGGUGUGGAUCAUGUUGAACCAGUGGAGCCAGUUACAGUCGUCCAGGGAUCAUUGGUAACACUAACCUGUGAGGCACGUGGUGUUCCUCCUCCCACACUAACAUGGAUGAAGGACAGCCAGCCACUGUCCCUUCACCGCAACCUGCUGCUGGAUGGACAGGAGACACGGCUACAGCUGCCUGAUGUGGCUCCUUCAGAUGCAGGCCUCUACAGCUGUGUGGCCAGUAACCAGGCUGGAAGCAGCACAAAGAGCUUUAACCUCACUGUGCUUGAGCCUCCAAAGAUAUCCAGCUCCAGCUCUCCAGCAGAGCUAACCAUAGCAGUAGACAGUCCACUGGAGCUGGAGUGCUCCGCUGUUGGAGUGCCACCUCCCAUCCUCAGCUGGCUCAAAGAUGGUCGCCCCUUAGAAGGGACUGACAUCGUUCAGCAGGAUGGACAUUUUGUCAGGAUAAGCAAAGUUCAGGUCGAGGAUGCAGGUCUGUACACCUGCUUGGCCAGCAGCCUAGCUGGAGAGGAUGGAAAAAACCACUGGGUCCGAGUCCAAGUCCCCCCAACCCUCCUUGGCUCUGGUGAUGUGAGGACACUGACAGUGCCGGUUAAUGGACAUUUGACCUUGGAGUGCCUGGCUGACAGUGACCCCCCUCCCAAUAUAGAGUGGUACAAGGAUGAGGCAAAAGUGCAGCCGGGGGGUCGUAUACAGCAACUGGCAGGGGGUCAGUACCUGGAGAUACAGGAAGUCAGGCCUGAGGACAGUGGCCAGUACAGCUGUGUGGUCACCAACAUGGCUGGAAGUAACAGUCUCUUUUUCACAGUGGAGAUUCUCUUGCCACCAGUAAUAAAGGAGAGUGGUUCGCUGGUGACCACACAUGUGGGCCAAGAUGCAGUUUUGCCAUGUGAAGUUGAAGGCGACUCUUCACCCACGGUCCUGUGGAGAAAAGAUGGCUUCCCUGUGUCUCCAGAUAACAAGAAGUACACAUUAUCAGAGGGCUCCUUGCGUAUACAUGGGGUUCAGUUGAGUGAUGCUGGUCGUUACUACUGCACUGUGUCCAACCAGGCUGGCUCAGAUCACAGAGGAAUUGAUCUACGGGUGUUUGUGGGUCCUUCCGUUGGUCCGGGUCCAUUCAAUGUGACAGUGACCACAGGGAUUAGAGCUGUGCUGAGCUGUGAGACUACAGGUAUACCCCCACCUCAAGUGUCCUGGAAGAGGAAUGGCACUCCACUUGAUAUCAGUCAGCUGCCAGGAGCAUACAGAAUGCUGUCCUCAGGGUCCCUGGUUAUUUUGUCACCGUCCAGUGAGGAUGAAGGUUACUUUGAGUGCACUGCUGUCAAUGAUGCUGGAGAAGAGCGCAGGGUCAUUGAGGUCAUCGUACAAGUUCCUCCAUCUAUUGAAGAUGAUGUCACGACAAUCACAGCUGUGAAAAUGUCUCCUGUGGUGUUGCCUUGUCACGUACAAGGACGUCCUCAGCCCACCAUCACCUGGACAAAAGGUGGUGCCAAACUGGGCACUAGAGGAGGAAGCUAUCGUGUCCUUCCCACUGGAGUGUUGGAGAUAACUUCUGCUGUGCCAAGUCAUGCUGGCAGAUACACAUGCUCAGCCCGCAACCCAGCUGGUGUGGCUCACAAACACAUCUCUCUCACAGUGCAAGAGCCUCCAGAGAUCAGGCCAAUGGCAGAGGAAGUACAGGUGGUGCUGCAUCAUGGGACCGUUCUACCCUGUGAGGUUCAAGGCUUCCCCAGACCAUCCAUCACCUGGCAAAGAGAAGGAGUUCCCAUAGCAGCAGGUCACAGACUGGCUGUGCUCUCAAAUGGAGCCCUGAAGUUCUCUCGUGUCACACUCGGUGACGCGGGGACAUACCAGUGCCUGGCCAAGAAUGAAGCUGGUGUAGCUGUGGGCAGGACCAAACUAGUCCUUCAAGUUCCGCCAGUGUUGAGUGUCCCUCGUGUGGAGUACACUGCAGUGUUGGGACAGCCAGUCAGUCUAGAGUGUGUAGCUGACGGGCAGCCUCAGCCUGAAGUUAUUUGGCACAAAGAGAGGAGGCCUGUGGUUGACGGUGCUCAUAUAAGGAUCUUUGCCAACGGAACUCUGGCAAUUACUUCAAGCCAGCGCAGUGACGCAGGCCUUUACACGUGUACUGCCAAAAACCUCGCCGGCAGAACCAGCCAGGACAUGAGACUGGUUAUUCAAGUCCCACCCCUGAUUGCUCCUGCGCAGACAGAACUGUCAGUCAUUCAGGGUUUUCAGGCGCUGCUGCCGUGCGCUGCUCAGGGCUCACCAGAACCCAGAGUAUCAUGGGAGAAGGAUGGUGCCACUGUGACCAGCCUUCCUAGCAAAUUCACUGUCCUGCGAUCAGGAGAGCUGAUAAUUGAGAGGGCUGAGCCAGGGGAUGCUGGUGUGUUCACAUGUGUGGCCACCAACCCAGCAGGUCAUGUGAGACAGGACAUUCACCUGUCCAUCAACAUGAGGCCUGUCUUCAAGGAGCUGCCAGGUGACGUAACCUUGAACAAAGGACAGAGUCUGGCCUUAUCCUGCCAUGCUCAGGGAACACCCUCUCCUGUCAUUUCCUGGACCAUCAACAACAGUCCCUAUGCAGGUGCAACUGUAGAUGAGGCUGGCAGGAGCUCCAUCAUCAUCGAGAAUGUGACUGUAAGUGAUGCUGGGACCUAUGUUUGCGUAGCAGAAAACAGUGUGGGCUCCAUCCGAGCACUCUCAUUUGUCCGCAUCAGAGAGCCUCCAGUGUUAAAGGGUGAAGCCCACAUGUCUCAGACAGUGAUCCAGGGUGGCUCUGCUGUGCUUGACUGUCCAGUCCAUGGAGACCCCAGCCCUGUCCUCCGCUGGCUCUGGGAUGGAAAACCAUUACUCCGCUCCCUCCGAAUGCAAGCACUUCACAACGGAUCCUUGGUCAUUUACAGCAUCACUGCUGCAGAUGAAGGGGAGUAUCAGUGUGUGGCUGAGAGUGAAGCUGGAACAGCUGAGAGGACCAUAACUCUCAAGGUUCAGAUCAAUGGAGGCUACUCUAACUGGCAGGAGUGGAGUCCAUGUAGUAGCACCUGUGGACAAGGCUUCCAAGAACGAAUCAGAUUAUGCAACAACCCAGAACCAGCAAAUGGUGGCCGAUCAUGCAGUGGUCCCAGUAUUGAUUCUAGGAAAUGUCAUGCUGGUCUCUGUCCAGGAGAGACUCCUCGUAAGACCAGAGGCAGCCUGAUAGGUAUGGUGAACGAGAGAGAGUUUGGUGUGUCCUUCCUGGAGGCCAACAUUACAGACAAUGUGGAGGAGGGGAGCAGCACUCUGCAGGCACGCUUGGACAACAUCCCUCCCAGUGUGGGUCCCUUGCUGCGGGUGCUGGUGUCUGUGUUUGCUCCCAUCUACUGGACCACGGUGCUACAGAAUGGAGAUGCUAGAAAUGGCUACUCCUUCACUCAGGGCCAGUUCAGACAGGAGUCUCAGCUGGAGUUUGAGACUGGGGAGAUCCUUCGUUUGACCCAUGUGGCCAGGGGUGUGGAUUCUGAGGGAGUUUUACUGAUUGACAUAGUAAUUAAUGGAUUUGUUCCUCCGUCAUUAUCAUCAUCUCAUCUGAGCCUACAGGAGUUUGAUGAGUCAUAUGUGCAGACUGGCCAGGGGCAGCUGUACUCGUGGUCAUCGCAGACCCACCAGAGAGGAGGAAACCCCAUGGUGCUACGCUGUAAUCAUACCAUUAUUUAUGAGGGCCAGGAGGAGCGUCAGGGCCCUCUGCUCCAGCUGCUCAAGGUCUCUGGGAUGAACAGCGUCUACAACAUGUUUACUCUCACUUUGGAUUUCCAUAUCACUGCCAGCCUUCUCAUACCAGACGGUUAUGGAGACACAUGCCCUAAAGGUUUCAUUCUUGACACAGCCUCAUACUGUGCUGAUGAGGAUGAGUGUGCGCUCCAGUCCCCCUGCUCUCAUUCCUGUAACAAUAUCAUGGGAGGUUUCUCCUGUGCCUGUCCCUCUGGCUUCACCAUCUCUACAGAGACCAACACAUGCCAAGAUAUUGAUGAGUGCACCCAGGGCUCUCACAUGUGCCACUACAACCAGCAGUGCAUCAACACAGUGGGAACAUAUCGCUGCCAGGCCAAGUGUGGACCAGGAUUUAAGCCCAGCAUCACAGGAACCAGCUGUGAAGAUGUGGAUGAGUGCCAGGAGUCAGCUCUCUCUCCGUGUCAGCAUCAGUGCCUCAAUACUCUGGGCUCAUACCGCUGUAUUUGCCACCCGGGAUAUCAGCUGUCAGGACAUCGCUGCAUUGAUAUCAAUGAGUGCAUGAGAAAUGUAUGCCCGGCUCACCAGCAGUGCCGCAACACAGAGGGAGGAUACCAGUGUUUCGACAGCUGUCCAGCUGGCAUGACCAAAGCAGAGAAUGGAGCCUGCGUGGAUAUUGACGAGUGCCAGGAUGGAAGUCACAUGUGUCGCUACACUCAGAUCUGUCAGAACACAAUCGGCGGGUAUGGCUGUGUAUGUCCCAGAGGCUACCGAUCCCAGGGAGUAGGCCUCCCAUGUCUGGACAUUGAUGAAUGCCUGCAGACACCAAACCCUUGUGCCUACCAGUGCCGCAAUGUGCCUGGCAGCUUCAGGUGUCUGUGCCCUCCUGGUACCGUGCUGCUUGGGGAUGGGCGUUCCUGUGCAGGGCUGGAGAGAGGGCAGACCUUUACCAAUGGGACAAGAGUUAGGGCAAGACUCCGCCCACAGCUAGUGUCAUCUCUAGGCAGGCCAAUCCUCUCUCGUUCUCACGGAGUAUCUCGUAUUACCAGGCAAAGCUGUCCUGCAGGAUACACCAACAGAGACGGAACAUGUGUUGAUGUGGAUGAGUGUUUGCUCAGGAAGCCAUGCCAACAUGACUGCCGAAACACUAUUGGCAGUUUCCAGUGUUUGUGUCCCCCAGGUUACAAGCUCUUACCCAAUGGCAGGAGCUGUAAAGACAUUGAUGAGUGUGUUGAACAAAGCAUCCAGUGUGGACACAAUCAGAUGUGUUUUAAUACCAGAGGAGGAUACCAGUGCCUGGAUACACCCUGCCCUGCAUCAUAUCAGAGUGGAGGAAGCCCUGGGACCUGCUACAGGCCCUGCUCUCUGGACUGUGCCACUGGAGGCUCUCCUCUGCUCCUGCAAUACAAGCUGCUCACUCUCCCCUCUGGCAUUCCAACCAAUCACAAUGUGGUGCGGCUGUCAGCUUUCUCAGAGUCAGGUGUCCUGCAAGAGCGCACAUCUUUUACCAUACUUGAGCAAGAAUCAGAGACUGGAGGGAUGGGCCGGGUGUUUGGCAUCAGAGAUGAGGCUGGCAGGGGGAUCAUCUUCACCCUGCGGGCUCUGGACAGACCAGGACUAGUGCGGCUUAAGGUGCAGGCCACCACUAUUUCGCUGCAGGGCCGCAUUACCUACCAGAGCAUCUUCAUCAUCUACAUCUCCAUCUCAACAUACCCCUACUGAGGCUCUGUGCUGCUCUAAAGAUGACUCUGCCCCCCAGUGGCCCCUUGAAUGCCUCUCACCUACCCAGCAGUUGCCAAAAAACCCUGUGCCUCGGACACAUUAGGCCACGCAAAGAAACAAAGACAUACAAGGUGGACAUGGGUAGUAAGUGGAUUUCAUGAAGAUGUGUA